AUGCAACGCAACAGCGCAAGCUUCAAGAUCAAGUGUACAAAGCAAGUGGGGCGAAAGAACCUCAAGAUAGAGAGCGAGAGGGUUUCCUUCCGAGGAGCGCAAGAUCAGGAUAAGAAACCCUACAAGUACGUGGUAGGCAUGUACGACCCUGAGAAAGAUAGACUUGUCAUCGUGGAUCCCGGAGACGACAUGGCAAAGGUGAUUGCUCUGAAAAAGCGAGUCAAAGGCUUGAAGGACAAUACCAUCGCCGUGGACUUCUCCAAGGAACAGGCAAGAGACGCUCUUGUGGAUGGAUUCGGCAGCAAGAGAGUGAAAGCAGUCCAUCGCAAGCGGAAGGGACAGGAAACGGAACGAGAGGAACAAGAUGCUCUGGAUUCUGUGGAGAAGGAGCUCCGAGUGAAGAAGGAGGAAACAGACGCGGCAAAGAAGCUUGCGGGUUUGGAGGUGGACGCGGACAAGGCGAAUGGGCCAAACGAGCUUGCCCCUCCCUGCAACCUUGCUGCAGAGACCGUCUCAGAUGUUUACAAGAGGAAAGAUUUGUUAGAUGGUGAAGAGUGGGAGAGUAUCGUUCCAGGGCAGUUCUUUGCAAUUGCACAGGAUCCCGAAUCUGCCAAGCAGCUCCCGGCGUUCAUCCGCAGACACAUCAACCUUGCCGACUCAUACCCGGACAAGAAGGACAAGAAGAGGGUUGCGAAGCUCCUCUCUUACGUUUCAUUCUUGGUCUUCUUCCACAACCUUCCGAACAGAUUCAGGAAAUCUCCAGAGGUCCUCAAGAAGGAGCUGGGGAUUCCGUUGGCACUCGGCGUCCACUUUCUCAAGCUGUUUGCUGAAUCUGUUGGGAAUUCCUACACGAAGCCUCAGACCCAGAGAGAUCGUCUGCUUCUCCACCUCGCUGUCGCCUGCUUGCUCGUGACAGAGUUUGAGAUGGACUUCGACGACCUUGCAGCAGACCUGAAGCUUCAUCCUGACAAGUUGUCUGCCUACUUCAGAGAGGUUGGCGCAAAGAUCAAGAAGGGAGCCAAACGAGGAAAGAACGACCCGGAGGAGAGCUUGAAGGUGUUCAAUUACCAUGCCAGCCUCACUCUUCCUCUCGUGUUUCCCAAACGAUCGCGUGGGCCCAAGGGAUGA